AUGGGAAGCUGUACUUAUAGUUCAGAUAAGGUGGGUGGUUCUCCAAAUAUAGUUGGUCAAACGGAUUUUCAGGACUGGAAGUUUGACUCAAGGUUGUUAGAUAUCCCUUUCUCAGGACCCACAUUUACUUGGACCAAUGGACAUCAUAAUGGUAAUCCUACAUUUGAACGUCUUGAUAAGGCCUAUGCUACAAAUGAUUGGCUUAUUAAGUAUCCUGAUACUUCUAUCUUGCAUCAGCCGAUUCUAUUUUCGGAUCAUGCUGCAAUUAUUCUUCGGGAACACCGAGUUUUGGAGGGUCGCAAACCAUAUAGAGUAGACAACUGGUGUCUUCUCUCAAAGGAAGUAGCUUCUAUUGUUUCUUUCUCUAGGAAGUUGGAUAUUUUGGGCGCCCCUAUGUUUUCUAUUUCUCGGAGAUUGGAGGAUUUACGUUCAAAAUUACUUAGAUGGUGUGUUACUCAUAGGAAGCUUUGGGGCAUCAAUUGGAAAGAAUUACAUGAUUCCAUAUCCCCAUUAGCUCAGAAUUUGGAAUCCAAACUUCAUAGACAUCUUUUUCUUUCGUUAAGAGAAGAAAAAGUCAGACAUUCUCAGGCAGCCUACCUUUACUGGAAGCAGCGGGCUAAGGUUAAAUGGGAUGUGUUAGGUGACUCUCACUCACAUCUUCUUUUUUCUUAUGUUCAGAACCGCCGUCGAAAGAAUACAAUUCAAGGUUUACAGACCUCUUCAGGAGAUUGGACUCAUGAUCAGGAUCAGAUUCGUUCUAUUGUCUUUGAUUAUUUCUCCUCAAUUUAUAGAAGUAAUCAACCUCUUCAACAAAUUCCUGAGUUUGAUUGGUCCACCUUGAAUUUACCCUAUUUAUCGGAGGUUCAAAAGUCUAAUCUUAUGGUUCCUUUUUCUGCCUCGGAAAUUAAAGCGGCUAUGUUUAGUAUAGAUGACGCUAAGUCUCCUAGACCAGAUGGGUUUACGUCUGCUUUUUUUAAGUCUCAUUGGUCUGUUGUUGGAUCCUCAGUUAUUGAAGCUAUUCAGUAUUUCUUUUUGCAUGGUCACUUGCUUAAGGAAUGGAAUCGUACUUUCAUUGUCCUCAUUCCGAAGUGCGUUUCGACAGUCUCUUAUCAGUUACUUGUUAAUGGAAAUCCGAUUAAGGUUUUUAGACUCUCGUGUGGUCUUCGCCAAGGAGAUCCUCUGUCAUCAUACUUGUUUGUUCUUUGUAUGGAAAUCUUUUCAGCUAUGAUUAAUCAAGCGGAGAGCACCGGUCUUUUUAAAGGAGUUAAAGUAUCUCGUUAUGCUCCUUCAAUAUCACAUCUGUUUUUUGCAGAUGACUCUCUUCUUUUUUUCCAGCCCUCUCCUCAGGCCUGUUCCAAUGUUCUUGGAGUUGUUCAGCAGUUCUAUGAUAUUUCAGGUCAGAUGUUAAAUUUACAAAAAUCCUUUGUUCGUUUUAGCCCUAAUGUUCCAGAGAACUAUCGGGAGUCUUUAGCCAAUUCCUUACAGCUAAAGAGUCUUCCUUCACUUGGUACCUAUUUGGGACUUCCGAUGGAUAUGGGUAGAAGUAAACGCACAGCUUAUCAACCUCUUGUGGACAAGAUUACUUCUCGGUUGAUGAGUUUUGCUUCCUUGCAUCUCUCACCUGCGGCCAAAUUAGUUGUGAUCAACUCGGUGUUGAUUGCUUCUCUUAACCAUAUCUUAUCUGUUUUUAAGAUUCCUUCUUCGAUCUCUGACAGAAUUAACAAUCUAUUCGUCAGAUUUUGGUGGAAAACAGGGAAUCACUCCAAGAGUUUGGCUUUAACUCCACCUUCUGUCUUGUUUACCCCAAAGGGUUUGGGUGGUCUAGGUAUUCGGCAUUUGGGUUUAUUUAAUUCUGCUUUUCUUGCUCGUCAAUCUUGGCGUAUUAGGCAGAAUUCGCAACUUCUGAUUUCUCGGGUUUUUCAGGCCAAGUAUCCUUCCCUUAUGUGUUUCCGGUCACAAGGUCGUCUUUCUAAUCCAUCCUGGGGUUGUCGAAGUGUUCUUCAUGGAAUACAGACCUUAAAGAUUGGUCUUGCUUGGAAAAUUGACAAUGGUUCUAAGGUUCAUAUUCUUCAGGACUCUUGGGUGCCUGGUUCUCCAGUUUACUUUAAGAAUUCUCUAGCUGGAUCGGUUCAGCCGACUCUGGUGUCUUCUCUUUUGGAUCCUAUUUCAAAUGAUUGGGAUCCUACUUUAAUUCAUGCUUUGUUUUCGUCCACUAUUGCCUCCAAGAUUCUGAGUCUCGAGCGUCCUCCUCAGCUAAUGGAUGAUUAUGUUUAUUGGAAAUACUCGAGAGACGACAGAUUUUCUUCUAAAUCGGCUUAUGCAAAGCUGAUCGCUUUGUCGAAUCAGCUUCCUGAAGGUUCUUCUUCAAUUCCUCCUAUUCCUUGGAGUAAAAUUUGGGCUCUUCCUAUUUUAUCCAAAUGGAAGCUCUUUAUUUGGAAAAUUUUUCACAAUGCUCUUCCUGUUGCGGAUACUUUGAGAACUAAGGGUUGUCCUGUAGAUCCUGUUUGUUCUUUUUGUUUUCAAGCUUCUGAGACUACCGAGCAUUUAUUCCUUCGAUGUUCGUUUAUCAGGAGAUUAUGGCAUUGUGGUCCUCUAGGUAUUCGGCUUCCAUGUUUUAACAGCUCCUUCCAUCAGUGGUUUAGCUCUUUACUCCUCUCUGUCAUAUCUAUAAAGAAUUGGGAUGGUCUGGAUUCUAUAUUAUCUUUUGCUUGGGCCAUUUGGAUUCAUCAUAAUCACAUUCGGUUUCGACAAGCCACCUGCUCUCUGCCCAUGAUUUUCCAGAUUGCUCAGGAAUGGACUACUCGGAGUCAGGCAGCUAGGAGUUCAUCUUCCUUUGAUUACUCCAUUCCCCCUGGUUUUGGCUCCCUGAAUCACUCCUCCUUUCUUGCGGGGAAUCCUAAUAUUUCUCCUACUGUUAUUCUUAUAGUGGAUGGAGCCUGGGAUUCUUCGGAUUGUCAAGCUGGCACGGGUUGGUGUUUUUAUUCGAUAGAUACAUCCAGCAGUUUGGGUGGUGCGGCUCGUGCGUGUUUUUCUCUUUCAGCUUUCCAGACGGAACUUCAAGCCUGUUUUUUUGGUCUUAAGAUGGCUCUCCACCGUGGGUAUUCUCAUAUCCUUCUUCGCACUGACUGUUUAUUAUUGGUUUCUAUCCUUCACAGGUCGUCGCAGGAUAUGACUACUAUUUGGAUUCAGCAGCAGCUCCGAGAUAUCCUUUCUUUGUUUGAAGUUUGUUUUGUUUAG